AUGGCUUUCGCGGGGUGGAAACCGUUCAAGUUCUUCGACGUCUCCCAAGUCAAGCUCCCGGACGCCUCGCUGUUCGAUCAAGCCAAAAUCACCAGCGUUGCGUCCGGCUCCGACAAUGUCUUCCUGGGCAGCCAAGAUGGUGCCGUGCGCAUCGUCUCGAGCGCCUUCAAGGUUGUGCGCGAGUUCCAAGCCCACGAAACCGGCUCCAUUCGAUACAUGAAGCAAGUCCAAGGCACUUCGCUGCUCGUGACCAUCGCCGAGGACCUUUCGAGCGAGCCAACCCUGAAGGUCUGGGCCCUUGACAAGCUCGAGAAGAAGACCGGUGCUCCCCGCUGCCAGUCUACUCUCACCAUACACAAUGGAAGGAAGCAGUUCCCCGUCACUGCCUUUGCAGCAAUGGAUGACCUGUCGCAGCUUGCUGUUGGCUUCGGUAAUGGCGCGGUAACCGUAGUGCGAGGAGAUCUUAUCCACGACCGCGGCGCCCGCCAACGAACCGUCUUUGAGUCCGAGGAGCCUGUCACCGGCAUAACUUUUAGAGAGGGCAGCAUCACCACGCUGUAUAUUGCCACAACCGGUCGCAUAUCAACGCUGGUUAUCUCUGGGCGCGGCCAAGGACAACCAGCCCGCACGCUGGAUGAGACAGGAUGUGGUGUGGACUGCAUGACCGUCGAUAAAUCGACCGGAGACGUCAUUGUUGCCCGUGACGAUGGUCUCUACUGCUACGGUCUUGGGGGCAGGCGCUCCUUCGGUUCUUACGAUGGCCCGAAGAAGAUGAUCAGCACCUACAAGGACUACACCGCCGUCGUAUCCCCUCCCAAAGCGAAUACCAUCACGCGUGCGGUGAGAGCUUUUGGCAGCAGCGCCGCCGACGAUUUGUUCUCUACAUCCAGUUUCACAAUUCUAGAUACCGACCUGAAGAUCAUCGCUCAUCAAGAAGCCCUGCCAUCUGGAGUCCAAGCUGUGUUCGUCGAAUGGGGUGAUCUCUUCGUACUUACCCAAGACGGCAAACUCUUCCGAUACCAUGAGAAAUCAUUCCAACAAAAGCUCGAACUCGUCUACCAGAGGAAUCUCUAUGUUCUUGCAAUCAACAUGGCUCAGAAGGCCGGUGUUGACAAAGCAACGCAAAACGUGAUUCUCAGGAGAUACGGCGAUCAUCUCUAUCAGAAGGGCGACUAUGACACUGCAAUGCAGCAGUACCUUAAGGCGAUUGACAACACCGAGCCGUCCCAGGUCAUCCGCAAGUUCCUCGACACGCAACGAAUCCACAAUCUGAUCGAAUAUCUUGAAGAACUCCACGAACAUCAAAAGGCAACUCCGGACCACACGACUCUGCUCCUAAAUUGCUAUGCCAAACUCAAAGACGUUGAUAAGCUCGAGGCUUUUAUCAGGUCCCCCGGUGAUCCUAAAUUUGACCUGGAUACUGCCAUCGCCAUGUGCCGUCAGGGAGGCUACUAUGAUCAAGCAGCCUUUUUAGCAAGGAAACACAAUGAGCAUGAGCUGGUCGUUGACAUCUUGAUCGAAGACUCAAAGAGAUACGCAGAAGCACUUGCGUACAUCUGGCGCCUCGAGCCCGAAAAUGCCUAUCAAAACUUCAUGAAGUAUGCCACUGUCCUACUGGAGCAUUGCCCAAAGGACAUGACCCAGGUUUUUAUUGACUACUAUACCGGUCACUUCCAGCCCAAAAAGGAUGCUGUGGUUAUACCAGACGCCCCGGCAACUCAGGGUAUGGGGAUCGUCAGCAACGCCACAACUGCCGUCCAGAAUCUGGCCGCGCUUCUUCCCUUGCCUUAUAUGAACGUAAAUGCCAUUUCUUCACCAGGAUCCGGCGACCAGAGAACGACAGCGAGCCAAGCACAAAUUGUUGAGACUACCGUCGACGAACCUGCGCCAGAGUACAAAGUUCCCAAACCACGCACAGCUUUCUCAUCAUUCGUCGAUCACCCUAAUGAGUUCAUCAUCUUCCUCGAAGCUUGCAUCAACUCGCACAACAUAAGUGAGGAAGACAAGGUCGAUCUCUACACUACAUUGUUUGAGAUGUACUUGCACACGGCGGCCAGCGCGAGGGAUGGUGACAAAGAAGAGUGGGAGAGCAAGGCCAAGAAGCUUGUCGAGGGCAAAGACAUCCCCAUCGACACCUCAAACGUCCUGCUCCUCUCGGAGCUAACGAACUUCAAGGACGGAACGAUCCUUGUCAGGGAGCAACAAGGCCUUCGUGCAGACAUCUUCCGGGCCUAUACGUCAGCUAAGGAUACGCCAGGUGCGAUCAAGGCACUUCGGAAAUACGGGCCAGAGGAUCCUUCUCUCUACCCGACCGCGCUCGCCUACUUUACCUCAUCCCCAACCAUCUUAGAAGAAGCGGGAGACGAGCUCGACGCCGUUCUGCGCAAAAUUGAUGAAGAUGGCCUCAUGGCCCCCCUACAGGUCAUCCAAACACUCAGUUCCAACGGAGUCGCAACCAUGGGCAUGAUCAAGAAGUACCUCGCCACGACAAUUGAUCGCGAGCGCCGGGAAAUCGCCAACAACCGCAAGAUGAUACAGACGUUCACUGCAGAUACCACAACCAAGAAGUUAGAGCUGGAGACGCUCAACUCCAAGCCCAUGGCCUUUACAGCGACCCGGUGUCCGUCUUGCCCCCAUCCACUCGAUCAGCCUACCGUUCACUUCAUGUGUGGGCACAGCUUCCAUCAACGUUGUUUGAACGUUGACUUUGAGCGUGAUAUUGAGGAUCCUAUGAGUGGAGUGGAGUGCCCGAUCUGCGCACCGCAAAACGCGACCAUCAAGGCAAUCAAGAAGGCUCAGGAGGAGAGCGCUGAGAGGCACGAUAUCUUUUUGGACGCAUUAGGGAAGAGCAGGGAUAAGUUUGGGACGGUCAGCGAAUGGUUCGGAAGGGGUGUCAUGAGUGCUGCGGCUGCCACGGAAUAG